AUGACCUCGAGGGAGAAGGAGAGCCUGAGGGCGUCCUUUGGGAAGAAGGGGUUGAGGCAUUACACGAAGGAGGUGGAAGAGUGUUGCGUUCCCCUGAUGGAGGCUGAGUUGGACUCCCACUCGAAGACAGAAGAUGGCAUCAGCUGGUACAAGGCGAUGUUCCUAACCAUGAAUGCUGCUCUAGGUGCUGGUCUCCUGAACUUCCCACGGGCGUUUCAUGACGCAGGAGGCCUCAUCUCAGGAAACGUGCUUCAUAUUAUUGUAACGGUUUUAGCUCUGAUGUCCCUUCUUAUUAUCGCCAGCUGUGCAGUUGAACGAAAAUGCAACACAUACCAAGAGCUGAUCUUACACAUGUGCGGCCGUCGUUGGAAUGUUGUGGCUUCGGUGUGCAUCUUUGCUUACUGCAUGGUCACUUGCAUUACCCUUCUGAUUAUUAUUGGAGACCAGUUUGAUAGAGCCUUCGCCUCCUUCGCCGGGGAUGACUUCUGUACAAUUUGGUUCAUGAACAGAAAAUUCACACUCACAGCCUCGGCCAUUUUGCUCAUUUUCCCGUCCUGUUUGAAGAGGAUGGAUGCAUUGAGGUUUCUGAGUUACGCCGGAGUCCUGACCAUAUUCUACGUCACGGUGGUGAUAACGGAAGAGUAUUACACUGGAGACUAUGCGAAGGGCCCGGUGGAGAUCUAUGAGGCAGAUUGGGUUCAGAUGUUUAACGUCCUGCCAGCCAUCUGCUUCGGCUACCAGUGCCACAUCAGCAGCGUGCCAAUUUACUCGUGCGUGAAGCAGAGUCAAGCCAAAGCAACGUGGAAGGCCUGCACAGUAGCUAUCGUCGUGUGCUUGUUCGUGUACACAGUCUCGGCUAACUACGGCUUCCUCACCUUCGGAUCUCGGGUCAACACGGACGUCCUUCUGUCCUACGAAGCCAGACGUCCUCAGGUCCUUGUGGCUGUGGUGCUCCUGGCGGUCAAGUCGUGGACGACCUACCCGAUCUUACUCUUCUGUAUGAGGGAGGCUGUGAACGACAUGUAUCUCCGCGUACGAUCGCUCCCGGAAUCAGUUGUCGAGAAGGGGGAGCCGACGAGGAGAAAGCUGAUGGCGACCGCGUUAUGGAGUCUCACCGUCCUGUUCGCCGUCUUCCUCCCCAACAUCGGCAUCGUUAUGAAAAUCCUCGGGUCUCUGGCUGCCUUGUUCAUCUUCGUCUUUCCUGGUAUGUGUCUCUUACAAGUCGCCGACGAUUUCGUGCCGAGUCGCAAAGUCGCUUCGGACAACUGGAAAAAACGAGGUAUGGUGAUGGCCGGGUCACUAUACCUCGUUGUGGGAGCCUUUGCCUUCGGUCUUGCACUAUAUUUGGGUGUGGAGGGUCUCGUCAGUCCGGAAGUCCCUGUGUCGGUGGGAUAUGACAUAGAACUCAUGCGAGCCGACCACGUCCUCUGUGGGCCUUCACUCUAUCGCCAAAAGAUACGACUUGCUUUCGACCACCAAAGACCAUUGGAUUCCCCUCAAAUUAUCCACAAACCUUCCUUUGUCAUAUCCACGUAUAUCCAUCUCUCAACCUGGAUAUCUUGGUCUCUGAUCAACGACUGUUCAGACCCCUCUAUUAUCCAACUAAAGGUGCUGAGGUUAUUACCUGUGAUGAGCUGUAUCACCUUGGUCAACGCUGUACAAAAUAUUGAAGUAUUCAGAAUUAUGAAACAGCUUUUGUCGCACCCUCUCUCCAGUCUGCAGAGCAUGGCAUGUGCACACCGGAGUCAUUUUUGUCCUAAACCUCCUGCUCACCGGACAUGGUUCAUUAUUCAUGCCUCGUUGGUACAAAGAGAAAUGGGUUGGGAGUUCAAGGAAAUAAACAACAUGAUUUCGGCGGUGCACACCAGGCCGCCAGAAAGUCUGGUGGUGCACACCGGCACCCCGAGCGCUUUGCCUGUGCACACCGCAGAUCUCGUCGAAAAGUGCCAUGCUCUGCAGACCGGCCCUCUCUCAUUUACAGUUACAGCUACGUCUGUGCUUUCCUGUGCUCCCGUAAAAGUGUAUUAA